UUAACUGUAGCCAGUACAUUAAUUGAGAGGUCUCCACACAUCUGAUGAACAAAAGCAAAAUAUUUUGAAGAAGUUAGCACUAAUGACACAAACUUUGGUAGCUGAAGAUGCUACUGAAGACAAAGGAUCUGAUGAUGAUGAUGAUGAAGACAGUAAAGGGAAGAUAAAGCCUAAUGUUGGUAAUGGAGCUGAUCUACCUCAUUACAAGUGGACACAAACACUUCAAGAUGUAGAGAUAAGAGUACCCACUCAGUUGGAUAUUCCAAUUAAAAGCAGAGACGUUGUAGUUGAUUUUCAAACUAAACAUUUGAAGAUUAGCGUUAAAGGGAAAGACUCAAUAAUUAACGGAGAACUUUAUAAUAAGAUAAAACUUGAGGAUUGUUUCUGGACUCUGGAGAACAGGAAGAUUAUAUGUGUCCAUUUGGAAAAGUUAUCUGAUCUUGAUUCAGAGACAAGAAGUAUGGUUGAGAAGAUGAUGUAUGAUCAGAGACAGAAAGAGAGAGGUCUUCCCACGUCUGAUGAACAAAAGAAGCAAGAUAUAUUGAAGAAAUUUAUGGAACAGCAUCAAAUGGAUUUCUCUAAAGCAAAGAUAUCAUAAAACAAUUAAUAAUAAAUACUA